GGAUGAGCGCAGCAUCCGGCAUCAUCCACAGCGAGAUGCCGACCGAGAAGAUGCUCAAGGAAGGUGGUGUUAUGCACUCCUUCCAGAUCUGGGUCAAUCUGCCUGCCAAGUACAAGAUGACGGCGCCUCGCUACCAGGAUGUUCCGCCCGAGAACAUCCCCACGUUCACCUCCAGCGACGAAAAGACCCGGAUCAAGGUCAUUGCAGGCAAGGUUGAAGAUGUCACUGCCAACAUCGACACGCGCACGCAGAUAUUCUUCCUGGACCUGCGCACCACUGGGCGGUACGCGCUGGAUCUCCCGAGCGGCAUGGACGCAAUGGUGUACAACUUCCACACAGAGCCGAUCCUGGUUGGCAACGAGAAGGCAGAGGUGAAGGAAGGCCAGAUGGCUGUCAUCAAAACCGACGGGCAGCCGAUUGACUUUGAGGCUGCUGGGUCGGAGGAGGCGCGCGUUCUGGUCCUGGCCGGCACUCCGAUCGGCGAGAAGGUUGCCCGCUACGGCCCAUUCGUCAUGAACACCAGGGACGAGCUGUACCAGGCGUUUGAGGACAUGGAAACCGGGCGGUUUGGAUCCAUCCCCGGUCAGAUGGAGCGCAUGCAGCUAACGGACUCUGCCAAUGCAGCCCGUGCGAAGGCUGGCAAAGAGUAAUAAGAUAGUCUAUCGAAGUAAAUAGUUAGAUAAUGCGUUCACUGCUUAUUUCCAUCAAGCAGCCUGUGCGAAAGUUGCAGCGUCAUAAUGGCAGGAAUA